CCCAUUUAGCAGGGUAAGCGAUAAAGCGGGAGAUAAGAGAUAAGCGUGAGAUAAGCGAUAAGCCACACCUAAAUACCAAAUUUCUUUCGAUUGAGGGUAAUCGACGGACAAAUUAACCAUUCAAUCAGCCAGCCAGCCAGCCAACGACUCAGCCAGCUCACCUCCGGAAAGAGUUCAGUUCUUCUUUGCUGCAAUCCGCCGUCACGUUGACUGAUUGAAAACAUGGACGCUUCCAAGCAUAGCAAGAAGAGGAAGUUCAAGGACGCCAGCAGCGUCAAGAGUGCGGCCGCACCGUCUAACCUCCCCGCCACACCGAUACCCAAGUCGAAGAAGCAGAAGCGCGUGGAGCCAGAGAUUCCCGUCGAGUCCUCAGACGAAGGUUCCUCCGACGAGCUGGAUGACGAUGUCGAAGACCAAGCACCUGGCGAGGGGGACGACAAUGACGACGACCAGCAGCAGGGUGAGGAGGAAUUGGAAGAGGACGCAGAAGAAACAUCGGAAUUGGAUAGGAGGGUAGAAGCAGCGAAUGCCGAGGAAGAGGAUGGGGACGAUAAUAAAACUGCCGACCCACCAGCCAGAGAUGCUAUAGCCUCCCUGUCGGCCGCCAUCGCCAACGACGCGCAGAACUUUGCCGAGCUUAACUUGUCGGAGAAGACGAUGAAGGCGAUCAAGGAGGACAUGGGCUUCGAGAAGAUGACCACCAUACAACGGAGGGCUAUCCCGCCGCUACUCGCAGGCCGCGACGUGCUCGGCGCCGCGAAGACCGGCAGCGGCAAGACGUUGGCCUUCCUCAUCCCCGCCGUUGAGAUGCUGGGCGCGCUCCGGUUCAAGCCGCGGAACGGGACCGGCGUGAUCGUGGUGUCGCCCACCCGCGAGCUAGCUCUGCAGAUCUUCGGCGUCGCGCGCGAGCUCAUGGCGCACCACUCGCAGACGUACGGCAUCGUCAUGGGGGGCGCAAACCGGCGCGCCGAGGAAGACAAGCUGCCGAAGGGGGUGAACCUGCUGAUCGCAACGCCGGGCCGGCUGCUCGACCACCUGCUAAAUACGCCCUUCGUGUUCAAGAACCUGCGGUCGCUCAUCAUCGACGAGGCCGAUCGCAUCCUCGAGAUCGGGUUCGAGGACGAGAUGCGCCAGAUCGUCAAGAUCCUGCCGAGCGAGGGCCGCCAGACGAUGCUCUUCUCCGCCACCCAGACUACCAAGGUCGAGGACCUCGCCCGCAUCUCGCUCCGGCCGGGACCCCUCUACAUCAAUGUCGACGAGGAGAGCACCAGCUCCACCGUCGCCGGGCUCGAGCAAGGUUACGUCCUCUGCGAGGCCGACAAGCGCUUCCUCCUCCUCUUCUCCUUCCUCAAGCGUAACCUCAAGAAGAAGGUUAUCGUCUUCUUCUCAAGCUGCGCGAGCGUCAAUUACUACUCCGAGCUCCUGAACUACAUAGAUCUGCCUUGCCUAUCUCUCCACGGCAAGCAGAAGCAACAAAAGCGGACGAACACGUUCUUCGAGUUCUGUAACGCGAAAUCCGGCAUCCUUCUGUGCACCGAUGUCGCCGCUCGCGGCCUAGAUAUCCCGGCCGUCGACUACAUAGUGCAGUUCGACCCCCCGGACGACCCGCGCGACUACAUCCACCGGGUCGGGCGGACGGCGCGCGGAGCAAACUCGAAGGGGCGUAGCCUGCUGUUCCUGCAGCCGAGCGAGGUCGGGUUCCUGUCGCACCUCAAGUCGGCGCGGGUCCCCGUCGUCGAGUACGACUUCCCGGCGAAGAAGAUCGUCAACGUGUCGUCGCAGCUCGAGAAGCUGAUCUCGCAGAACUACUAUCUCAACCAGAGCGCCAAGGACGGGUAUCGGUCGUACCUGCACGCGUACGCGAGCCAUUCGCUGCGCACCGUCUUCGACGUGAACAAGCUCGACCUCGUCAAGGUCGCCAAGAGCUUCGGCUUCGCGACCCCGCCGCGCGUCGACAUCACACUCGGCGCCGGCAUGUCGCGGGAUAGGAAGGCCCAGCGGGGCGCCCGCAGGGCCUACGGCAGCCAGCCCCGGCAGGCGCAGAAGUUCCGGAGGAGAUAGAGGUGGCGAGAUGGCGAUGAGAGUUUUCAGCUGCGCUUAGCAUGGUGUACCGGUUUAGUAUUUAGUACUCGUUAAACCGGCAGACUUUGUAGUAGGCGAAAAUGAAAAUGGAUGAUGAUAUACCUUAGGUUAAGCGGCGAGGGAUGUUUGGAGCUGAUAUGAUGAGGACUGCAGCAUGCCCAAGUGCCCUGCCACGAGGUCGCGAGCGCAGCGCUUCCUCUCGCUGCCGAACCGGGACCGAGGCUUACUUGCCUAGGCUAGUCAGCGACGACGUUCCAAUUCUGGGCGGUGUUGAAAAUGGGGGGUAAAUGGGAAUUAGAAGUAAAGUAGAGGGAUAAUAACCGGCAGAUGUCGACCUCUCGACCCCAUCCUCAAGU